GAAAGCAAACAAUCAAUUCUUAUCCGAGAGAAAGAGAGCUCACAUGAGGUGCGCAGGAUAAGAAGCUAUGCCACUCCUCCUUCAUCCCUGCAACUCUCUGUGUCUCCUUACCCCAUCGCUACCACUCUACAACUUCACUCCUGCCCACAAAACCCCAAAAAACGGAUCUUUAAACGGGUUAUUCAAAUGCCCCGGUUCAAAAACCUCAGUUUCCAUUUCUGGGUCACCUAAAACCCUAACUUUUUCUUUGAAUUCCUCAGUUUGGAGAACAACCCAUAUCUCCUUUUGCUCACAAAACGAGGUUCUUGAGAAAUUUCCGGGUACCGAUUUGCCCGAACAGCCCGAAAAAGAGGCAAUUCAAGAGAGUGAAGAACUUGGCGCGCAAUUGCGUGUCAAGCCAACUCCCAAACCAGUUACCAAUGAAUCUGUCACUGAAAUUGAUACAAAGCCCCAAAAACCCGAUGAGGAUGAGGUUUUGAAGCCUUUCUUGAAGUUCUUUAAACCUAAGGAUUCAUUAGAAGAAUCAAUUGAUUCAGAAGAGACUAAUGAGGAGGUUGAGAUUGGGGAAGAGAGUAAAAGGGUCUCUGUUGAGUAUUAUGAUCCGAAACCCGGUGAUUUCGCGGUGGGAGUAGUUGUUUCGGGCAAUGAGAAUAAGCUUGACGUGAAUGUUGGGGCAGACUUGUUGGGGACGAUGUUGACUAAGGAAGUGCUUCCUUUGUAUGAUAAGGAAAUGGAUUAUUUGUUGUGUGAUACAGAGAAGGAUGCUGAGGAGUUUAUGGUGGUUGGGAAGAUGGGAAUUGUGAGGGAUGAUGAGGCAGUGAAUGGAGAACCGGUGCCCGGGAGGCCUGUGGUGGAGCCUGGGACUGUUUUGUUUGCUGAGGUUCUAGGAAGAACGCUAAGUGGUCGGCCAUUGCUAUCGACGAGACGGUUUUUCAGGCGAAUUGCUUGGCACCGAGUGAGGCAGAUUAAGCAGCUCAAUGAACCUAUUGAGGUUAAAAUUACGGAGUGGAACACCGGUGGCCUCCUUACAAGAAUUGAGGGCUUGCGAGGUUUUCUUCCAAAAAAUGAGUUAAUGGGUAGAGUCAACAGCUUCACUGAUUUGAAAGAGAAUGUGGGACGCAGAAUAUAUGUGCUGAUUACUAGAAUGGAUGAAAGUAAUAAUGACUUAAUACUCAGCGAAAAGGCUGCUUGGGAAAUGUUACACCUUCGAGAGGGAACACUUCUGGAAGGAACAGUAAGAAAAAUUUAUCCAUAUGGUGCACAAAUAAGGAUAGGUGAAACUAACAGAAGUGGGUUGCUGCAUAUCUCAAAAAUCACUCGACACCAAAUUGCUUCCACUGGUGACCUGCUUGCAGUUGAUGAGAAGGUUAAAGUUCUGGUUGUGAAGUCGAUGUUUCCGGACAAAAUAUCUCUCAGUAUUGCUGACCUUGAAAGUGAGCCUGGCCUGUUUACAUCUAACAAAGAGAAAGUUUUUUUCGAAGCUGAAGAGAUGGCUAGGAAGUACAGGCAAAAGCUACGAGCCAUGUCAACAACACACAAGUUAGAACCCCUGCCAACUGAUGCCCUACCUUUUAACGACGAAGGAAAAUUAUAUUCAAAUUGGAAAUGGUUCAAAUUCGAAGGACUAUGAACUAGAAUGACUAGUUAGUGGUUGCUCGAGACUUUGAACUUGGGAAUAGGGAAAAUUUGAGCUGCCCCAAGUUUCACCCCGCGGUCUUCCCCCGGCCGCUAUGCAUGGGAGAAGUAAUAUAUUGAAUUAGACAUUUUUUUUGUUAAAGUAGUCAGAAUCAAUGUUAUUUCAUACACACUGUAAUGUGACGUGUAUUUCGUAUGUCAAGCCAUCUGAAAGUUGAUGGUAACAAAGCAUCAUCCCAUAGUGAGAGAGUCUAAAGGCAUUCUCUCUUGUGCCAUUGUUAUGUUUGAUAUGUUACAUUAUGAGCAAUUUAUUCUCUUACUUUCAUUUAUCAGUUCAUACUGUAUUGGUACUUCUCAGC